GGGGCGGGGCGCGGGCACCCGGGGGCGGAGGAGCCCGGGAGGCGGGAGGCGGGAGGCUCCGGGGCCGUUUAAGCGGCCUCCCUCCCGCCCCCAGCCGCCUGCUCUGGCUCCGGCCCUGUGCUGACCCCCGGCGUGGCCCACUCCGGCCCAGCCCAGCUACGCGGCUCCCGCCUGGCACGCCGGCGGCCUCGGGAGCAGCUCAAACCCAUGAGGCCCGCGCGCCCCGCCGCCGGUGCAGACGAGACGGAGCUCCCGGCCCCCGCGGAGGAGCGGAGGAUCAAUGCGGUUCAGGAAUCGAUUCCAGCGUUUCAUGAACCAUCGGGCCCCAGCCAAUGGCCGCUACAAACCAACGUGCUACGAACAUGCUGCUAAUUGCUACACACACGCAUUCCUCAUCGUUCCGGCCAUCGUGGGCAGUGCCCUCCUCCAUCGGCUGUCCGAUGACUGCUGGGAGAAGGUAACAGCAUGGAUUUACGGGAUGGGCCUCUGUGCCCUCUUCAUCGUCUCCACAGUGUUUCACAUAGUGUCGUGGAAAAAGAGCCACUUAAGGACGGUGGAGCAUUGUUUCCAUAUGUGUGAUCGAAUGGUCAUCUAUUUCUUCAUUGCUGCUUCCUACACGCCAUGGUUAAAUCUCCGUGAACUUGGACCCCUGGCAUCUCAUAUGCGUUGGUUUAUCUGGCUCAUGGCAGCUGGAGGAACCAUUUAUGUAUUUCUCUACCAUGAAAAGUAUAAAGUGGUUGAACUUUUCUUCUAUCUCACGAUGGGAUUUUCUCCAGCCUUGGUGGUGACAUCAAUGAAUAACACCGAUGGACUUCAGGAGCUCGCUUGCGGGGGUUUGAUCUACUGCUUGGGAGUUGUGUUCUUCAAGAGUGACGGCAUCAUUCCAUUUGCCCAUGCCAUCUGGCACCUGUUCGUGGCCACAGCAGCUGCUGUGCACUACUAUGCCAUUUGGAAGUACCUUUACCGAAGUCCCACGGACUUCAUUCGACAUUUGUGACCAACCUGUGCUAGGUCUUCAAACCAGUAUUAUCUCAGUUGAGGCACUUGAGUGGGGGUAAGAGCUGACUGUCGCGCAGGGGAGAAGAAUGAGCAGCUUGCACUGACUUCGUUUAAUUUUUUUGACUCUAAUUACUGUGAAAGUAUCAAAGCUGUGCCCUGGAGUUUUCCUCCUCACAGCCAACCGAUAAGGUAGUGAUUAGUUCUCAUUCCAUUCCACGAUCAUGAAGGACUCUGGAUAGACUUGGCCAACUGAUGUUUACAAACCAGAAUUUUGUAUUUUCGUUUUACAGAUUUUACUAGAUGAUUUUUUCUAAAUUCCUAGGUCAGGUUGUCAAAGUCAGUGCAAUAAUGCAGCUUCCUUUUUAAGAAAAAAACAAAAAGUCGUUUCUAUCACUUUUCCCAUUCACUGUGUAAAGAAUCAUGGAAACGUAACACUACUUUUUACCAUGUUUCAUCUUGACAUAACAUGGUUAUUUUUUAAAAAGAGGCGUUAGUUCUUUUGUAAAUUUUUAAAGAGCUAUUCCAUUGACGUGCACCCACACGGUUCCUCAUUCAUGUGAAGUUUUGCAGGGAGCGGUCAACAUUCCACAAACAAACAUACCUCUUCUGAUGGUUUUAUUAAGUGUGGAGAAUUUGCCAAUUUAAAAAAAAAAAAUGACUGCAGUUUUCUGAACCUUUCUGCCAAUCUCUGACCCUGAACUCAGUACUGCUGUGGAGCUGAUAUCCUUGACCUGGUGUGGUCCACCGGGGCUGAGAAAGUAUUUUGAUAUCAUCAGCUUUUUCAGAAGACAUAACUUUACUCUAGGCCUUUGCCAUGGUUUCUCCAGGGUCUCUUUCCACAGUGGAGGAGGACCCUGUGCGUAUUAUAAUAGUAUUGUUGGGUUGACCAUCUGCCAGACACUUCUUCCGAGCGUUCUGAAUUAUGGUGAAUUGUUGGACUGUCACUCUGGUGGCAGUGGUUCGGUCAUCGAGGUUAAGUCACUGAACUUUAUUGUAUCAGUUUGAUACCCAUUUUAAAUUGUGGGACUAGACGCAUAAAUUCACAUUUCUGCCUUUUCCUCUGCAUUUGUCAAUAUACAAUUUUUUUCAUACCAUAUAUAAAACUUUGAUUGACACAUAGAAACUCAUAUCAGUAGUCCAUGUUUUUAUGCUGACUCAGUGGAGUGGUAUUUAUAUAUUCUAGUUUUCUCUCAAUGUCUUAUAUUAAGAUUGUUGUAUUAGUUGCUUUGUUGCUAUCUUUCUUGGUGUUUAUGAGAAAUGAAGUCACCUGCCUUUAGAUCAGACUUUAAUAUAACCUAUUAGUCUAGAAAUAGGCUUGCUCAAUGGAACUGUCAGAUUGAAGAUACACUUUAUGAAUUGAAAUUCUGUACCGUUGUAAUUUUAAAAGAAAGUUUAUUUUAUGUGUAUGUUCAGGCUCUGAUUUGGGUAAAUUGUCGAGGAAUGACGGAAGAACUGAUACUGGCUGGUGAUUUCUUCAGUAGGCAUGGGUACCCAAGGAUAAAACCAGCUGGACUAUUCUAUAUGCAUGAUCCUGAACAUUUAGCUGCCUGUUGUUUUACUGUGUAUAAUAUUUUACUUUAAAUAUAUUAACUUUUGUGGAUUCAUUUAAAGUCUGCUCAUAAGCAACACUGUCAAAACCACUAAAAUGUAUAUAAAAACUCGUGCUGUAGAUUAGAAUAAAGUUGUUACUUGGGUUGA